ACUCAUACUCUCACUUUUCUCCUCUACCUCUCUAAUAAACACAUAAUAUUCCCCAAAAAUAUAAAUACAAUGUUGGGAGGAAAAUCCCAAGAGCGAGUGAAUGAGAAGUGGUGAAUUAAGGCGGUGGGAGCGGGACUCGAACGCGGGUCAGUGUUUACAUGUGGUCAGGAGGACGGGAGCUCCGCCCUCGUCACUGUCCCUCGUAGUCGUCGCCCCUCGUCACUCAGCCUCUCGUCGUCCCUCCUCGUCACUCAGCCUCCUCACCUCCUCCUCACUCUUCCUCAUUAAGACAAUGGGGCAGACUCUGAGUGAACCAGUGACACAGAAAGAAACCUCCCGGUGUGAGAACUCUUGGUUACGUGUUGGUGCAUCGUGCAUGCAAGGAUGGCGUGUCAACAUGGAAGAUGCACACACCACAAUACUUUCACUCCCAGAUGAACCAGGAACGGCCUUCUUUGGUGUAUAUGAUGGCCAUGGAGGUUCUAGAAUUGCUCAGCACGCAGGCAAGCACUUGCACAAGAGUAUCGUAAAGCAGGCAGAGUAUAAAGCCGGGAACAUUGAGGCUGCCAUCAAACAGGGUUUCUUGGAUUUGGACAAUUUAAUGCAGACGGAUGACGUGCUAAAAGAUGAGCUGGCGGGUACUACAGCUAUAUGCUGUCUUCUUCGUAAUGGAACCGUGUACUGCGGUAAUGUUGGAGAUUCACGAGCUAUAGCAAGUGUUGGAGGGCGUGUUGAAGAGCUGAGCAAUGACCAUAAGCCAAGUUUAGCAUCAGAGCAACGGAGAAUUACAGCAGCCGGGGGAUGGGUGGAACUGAAUAGAGUUAAUGGCAAUUUAGCUUUGUCAAGAGCUUUGGGUGAUUUUGUUUUUAAGAAGAAUGAACUGAAAAGUCCUGAAGAACAAAUUGUUACUGCAUGUCCAGAUGUCAUAACACGAGAGAUAUCAGAAGAUUGGGAAUUCAUCUUGUUAGCGUGUGAUGGCAUAUGGGACGUCAUGACCAAUCAAGAAGUGGUAAACUUUGUGAGACUACGGUUGUCUCAGGGAAUGGAGCCGGAAGAUGUGUGUGAGGAUCUGAUGACGAGGUGCCUGGCUCCGGACUGUCAAAUGGGUGGACUGGGCUGCGACAACAUGACUGUCGUUCUCAUCUGCCUCGUUCAUUCCGGGUCUUGGCGUGAGGAAAUGUUGAUCAUUAGGGGGCGCAUGUUGGUAGAUGGUACUGUGGCUUUUAAACCUAGUGGAUCAUCAAGCGACUCGAGUGACAAGGAACAUAUUUGCACACCAAACUUCAAUAGUGCUGGUGUUGAAGAUGAAUAAGAUUGAGUGCCUUAGUGUUACACAGAUUUAGGAUAUUUUUAACUACUGGACAAGUGUGCGCGGCCGUGUUUAUCAUUGGAAACCCACACCAAUGAUGACGACAGUGAUGUUGACUUGCAAUGAGUAGUAGCAGAAUCAUUUAGUCAUUUUAUAAUGAUAUUGAAAUAGGUUCAUGCAUAAUUUCAUAACUCAUCCUUAGUAAUGUAUGUUUUCUGUAUAUGUAUGAAACACACACACAUGCAUACAUGCAUGCAUAUAUACAUACAUACAUCCCCUUCCCCCCACACACACGCACACACACAUUUAUUAUAUACAUAUAUGUAAUUACAAAUUGGUAAUAACACACAUACUGUACAUAUAUAUAAUAUGUGAUUACAUAUUAUUUCUAAAGAGCUUUACUAAUUCAUGAAUGACAUUAUAGGACCAUGAAUUAUUGUCUGCUCAUUUAACGAGCAGCCAAACUUUGGGUGUAAUAUUGGUAAGACUGUUGUAUACGCUUGCUUCUUGUAGAGACUCCGCGGACGUGUCCUUCAACACUCCCGGCAUAGGUGUAAGAUCUCCAAGUUUCAAUUGUAACUCGCCUAACUAAUUCCAUUCAGCUGCUAUUAUUUUUUUUGUCCUUUCUGUGAUCAUUGUACUGAUGGUUCUGUCAAGAUGAAGAGAAAGAUUGUAUUAUCAUAAUGUUUGUCUGUAGUCGUUAGGUCUUUGUUUUAUUCUGUUGUUAGAAAAGUGGGUUAAUAAAAGUGGCAAGCAUUGUGAAGAUGUGCAGUACACCUGUCAUGAUGUGCUUUAUUGUGGUCGAGUGUGCAUUUUAAGAAGGCAGUCUCUUGUGCAUAUUUUUGAAGGAAUUGUUUCGCUCUUUUUUUUUAACAUUUGUUGAUUGUUGCUUACGUUGCUCUUGUUCACUAUUUUGUGUCCAGUUCGAUAAAGCUCAUCGUGUUUCAUGAUUAUAAACCCAACUGUCUGUCGUUUAUGUCUAGCCUUUGUUAUAUGUCGAAUAUUUUCAUCAAAUAGUUGUGCAUCUGCAUUAUAACUCUUACACCUUUAAGGCUGCUGCCAGUUAUUACGUAUGCUAUAUGAAUCUUGAUGCAUGGGUUAGUCCUUCAUCGCCUAGAGUGAAGACUGCAUGUUGCAUAUGGUCUCUCUCUGCUUGACAAAUAAUGUAAACCAUAUCAGAAAAUCAUAUGCCUAUGUUUUCUUGUUAUGGCUUCAGUGGGAUACUUGUGUAUAUAAUAUCCAGCAAUAGGCUGAUCUGUAUUCUCUGCAUCAAAUUUUGCUGUAUGUUUAUAAUAGAUUAUUUUCUGUAUAUAUAUCAUGUACAUCUUUUUUUAUUUCUCUGAAUUUAAAUGAAAAUAAUUUUGCAAAACCACUUCCAUAUGUUUUGAUCUGUGCAUAUUUCAACAUUCUCCUUCAUCAAAACAUUCUUUUUGCCAUUAAAAGACUUCCAUCUCUGGCUUAUCUACAUAAAUAUAGUCCUGUAUGUGCUCCCUUGAAGGUUUUAUAUGGUAUUACAUUGAUUGCGUUCUUGUUUGUUUAUAUUAUACUGUGUUCUUAUUUUCUGUUACCAGCCCCUUUUUACAGGAUUGAUUUUCAUCACUUUACAUCCUCUCCUCUCUUGACAUUCCAUAGCCACAUCUGAGUGUGGCCUUUGUGAGCGUGUGCACGGUACCAGCCGUGUUGGUCACAAUAUCUUGUUCCACAUCUGAGUGUGGCCUUAGUGAGCGUGUUCACAGUACCGACUGUGUUGGUCACCAUUAUCUUGUUCCACAUCUGAGUGUGGCCUUUGUGAGCGUGUGCACGGUACCAGCCGUGUUGGUCACAUUAUCUUGUUCCACGUCUUUGUGUGCACAGUACUGGUCACAUAGCCUUGUUCCACCUCUUGUGGAACCAUUCCUACUAAUGUAGUGUUGUAACCUCUGCACAAUUUUUGUCUUGAUUAGCUUUGAGUUUAUAGUCUGGCAUCCACCGAGUAUAUUACACCUCAUUUUCAGGGAAGGUGAGGUUAGGCAGUUAAAGAUGGUUACUUCAGAUGAAUUUUAUUUGUCAUUGCAUAAUGUGUAUUUUAAAAGUAAAACCCGAAGUAUCUGGAGUUGCACAAAAGUUUCACCUGAAGGCUUAGCUGUCAGGAACUUCUUCACCUGUCAAGAGUUAUUGUCAGUAAAAACAUUAUUUUCAAAACAAAAGUUAUAGAAAAAGAUGAAAGGUAUCUUAGUGAUCCAAGCCUCGGACUGUUUACAGUACAACCGUCGUCAGUUGUCAGCUGCAGAGGAACAUUGUUCGUACAUUUCCAGCUUCCAGUUAGACUUGACCUUUACU